AAUCGAACACUGACACACACACACACACCGGUGCUGUUUGCGUCUACAUCAGAGUCUCAGUUCAUGAUUGCUGCUUGAAUCGUGAGGGUCGGUCCAAUUUUAUCCAUCGAGGGUGUUUUCGUCGUAUUGUUUAAAACGGAAUUCGAGAUUGUAGCAACAAAACAACACAAAAUCAGCAUUUAAUUCCAGGAUGACGUCUUUGCCUGACCGCUUCAGCGCUGGCAAGCGUCAGUUUUGGCGCGAGUUCUUGGCACUCUAUCAGGGAAUGCCGCAGCUCUGGGAUGCCAACCAUGUCGACUACCGAAACAAGGAGCUGAGAAACAAGGCCUACGAGCGGCUGGAGGCGAAGCUAAGGGAAAUCCAGCCGAAUGCAACGCGCACUGAAGUUGGGCGUCGCAUCAACAUCUUCCGAACGAACUACCGGCGAGAGCAGAUGCGGAUUCUGAAGCAAAAGGAACUGGGAUUUCAUUCGGAUCUGUGCAAGCCCACGCUUUGGUUCUACGAUUAUAUGGGAUUCCUCCUCACCCAGGAGUCAUUCCAACAAGGCAGAACCAGGAAGGUUCGCGGAGCGGCGAUCACAAAACAAAAGACGAGAUUUGAAUUUGGGAGAGACGCCUCAUCGGACCCACUGGAUACCGUGAGUGACUGGCCAACAAAUGAUACCAUAGGCAGCUACCUACCAGAGCCAGGCACGCAACAAUCGGAGGGGAGUUCUCUGCUGAGUCCGAAAAUUGAGAUCAUCGAGCAGGACGGAGAACCCAUGGAUACCGAUAGGCACCCGCGAGACGACGAUGUCAAGCCGGAAACUUGUGGCUUUAGCACAUCCGACUACAAGGACCGCAACGUCUCCACGAACGCGGCGUUAACUGUGGGAAGGCGAUCAAAUGGUUCAGACGUUCCUCCAGCUUUAAGCGAGUCCUCGGAGUUGCUGGCCAAGUCUUGGGCUGUUCAGUAUGAAGAGAUGGCACCGACGCAAAGAAUCUUGGCACGAAAAGCCAUCGCCGAUAUUCUCUUUGAAGGCUGCAUGGGAAACUUGCGAAUAAACCGCGGCGAACAGCGCAGCUCAGUGGGAAACCAUUUGUAGAUCUGAUAAUUAUAAAACUAAUUUAAUAAU